AUGACUAGGCGUUCGCCAUUUGAUAAUAAUACACGUGACGGAUACACUAGAAUAAGAGAAGAACAACGCGGAAGUGGAUUUAUACAUGGGAAUAGUUCAAGACCCCAAACGUUUAAUACCCAUUCACAACAAAAUUCAGGUUCAGCAAAUAACCGCCAACAAGAAAGUUCUAUACAAAAUGAAACCAGAUACGGUGGCGGACGUGGUAACAAUAUUCGAGCUACUUCUGGGGGAGUGCGACAUACAAAUCGACGUCAAGUAUUGAGAACACAACCAUCGUCUCUUUCAAACAGUACAACUGGUGGAAAAACAACAGAAAAGGCAUCCGAUUUACCACACAUAGGCUACAAUAUGUUACUUGAAAUGUCAAAUAAAGAGCCAGAUAUUCUGAUUAUUGAUGUGUUGCGUCCGUAUUUUCAAUUUAAAACAUUUUUGAACGAUGAUCGAAUGAAAAUAAAAUACGAUUGGAUAAAAACCAUGACAGAUAUUUUAGAAAAAAUCAUUUCAUGCACUGAACAACGUGAACGUGUUGCGCAAAUCUUAUCUAUGAUAUUAGGAUCAAAAUAUUUGGAUGGUGUUCAUGAAGAAAUUAGAAAACCCGAUAAUAAAACAAAACAGUUAAAAUAUGAUUUUAUUCAUUCGUUUUUAAAGAUUAGUGAUUACAUGUUAACUAUCAUGCCUCAUAGUGAAAAUGAUCUCAGUAAAAUUAUCGAACGUGUACAAGUUACAUUACCGAAAAUGAUUGAAAGUGAGAACGUUCAAAAUAUUAAAUUGUUACUCGACAAGGUUCUUGCAAAUUCCACCGCAAUUUAUGAACGGAAACAACAACAAACAAGUUCAAAAGCUACAACUCAUCAUCAUAAUUCACUUGGACCACCACCAAAUAACUAUCGUGACUUAAGUGUGAUACCAACAAUGAAUGAAAUAUUAGAACAACAAACAGUCUAUUUACGAGAAAAUAUCAUUAACGGUGUUUAUGAAUCAGCCGACCAUUAUUUAGAUGUCCAUUUUCGUUUGUUACGUGAAGAUUUUGUUGAACCGUUGAGAGAAGGAAUAGAUCAUUUUAUUUGUGCAAAAGAACAGCGUAAUUUGAAUGUUCGAAUAUAUAAAAAUGUACGAAAUUUAGGACCUAGAAUAACAAAAUCGAGUUUAGUCUAUGAAAUCCAAUUAGACCCACAGACAACAUCAAAAAUUUAUUGGGAGAAUAGUCGACGACUUAUUUAUGGAAGUUUAUUAGCAAUUACAAAUGACGGAUUUAAAACAUGUGCUUUGGUCACGGUUGAAGAUCGUACAGAUAUCCAAAAGAAUUCAACUCUAUUUGUUCGUGGUCAUUAUGGAAUAAAUUACAAUGCCAAUCAUCUCCAUAUUUCUCAAUUGCUAUUGUCUAGUCAAUUAACAAUGUUAGAAACAACUGCCUAUUUCGAAAGCUAUCGUCCCGUUCUUUCUGCUCUUCAACAAAUCCAAGCUGCUCAAUUUCCAUUAGCACCAUAUAUAUUGAAGUUAGAUAAAGAUGUUAUACCACCAUCUUACGUUAAUGCUACAACAAAGUACGAUUUUACGCCAUUAUUAGUCAAACCAAAUGCACGUGUAACAACAACAACAGCAAUGGGUGGCCAAUUCAAUAUUCAAUAUUCUGAAAAUGUACAACGAACCUAUACAUCUGUUACAUUAUUAAAUAAAGAUGAAUGGCCAACAAGUGAACAAAUGAAACUAAAUUCAUCACAACGUGAUGCACUUGAACUGGCAUUAACCAAAAAAGUUGCACUUAUACAAGGACGUCUGAUACGUGUCGGUGGCCGAUGUAAAAAUCCUGUUAUUCAGCCGUUUUCAUUGAUAGAAGCGCGAAAGCGUUCUCGUGAACAUCGUCUAACACCUAGACAUUUAUUUGAACAAAAACGUCAAAUAAUGAAUAAAAAACAUGAUGCUGAAAAAGCAGUGCAAGAGAAAGAAGCACUUAUCAAACAAUCAAAGACAAAUAUUUUACGUUUAUCACUAUUAAUGACUGAAAAUAUAAUUGAUGUUGAUCAUUGGACAUCAUUAUUAUCAAGGAAUAGGGGCUCUUUAUCGGAAACAGUUCUUAUUGACUGGCUCGGUAUAGGAACGAACGUUUUUGACGAUGAUGAAAGCAACAAUUUACUUGAAGUAAUUGAAAGCGAUAUUCCAAUUCCAAUUAUUCCAAAAUUAUUAAUGGGCCAAGGCAAACCAGAUCAAGAAGCAGAGGAUCGGCGACAGUUAGAAGAGGCUAUUCGCAUGUCGCUAGAAACGAAUGACAUACAGCUUGAAUCGAUACAAAAUGACCAAGAAGAUCAAAAUGAAGAGGAAGAAGAAGAGGAAAGACGACGUUUGGAGGAUGUAGAAAUCGAUGAGGAAUUUCAUUCGUUUUCAUCAAAAUCAUCGUUAUCGUCACAGUCUUCUGUAACAUCAGAAGAUGUUAAUGUUGGUGAAGCAAAUGAUAAAGAGUACGAAUGGCACUCCGCUAUGAAGAAUAGAAAACGAAAACAAUUAAUAUCUAAAAUAAUCAAUACACGUACAACGUUAACGGAUGAUGAUGUUGAACAAAUUCACGAAAAUUUAUGGAAUUUGUCAAUGAAACAACGUCGUAAUUUGUAUCAAUAUUGGCUGUCAAAAUUUCAACAAAACUGUGCCGAUUUAAUUGAACAUGGUCGAAAAUUAUUUGAAGAAUGUUCUCGAGAAUAUCUUGAUUAUUUAAAACUUGAAGAUUAUCAAAUAUUGAAAGAUGCUGUCAUUGUAGCAAUGACGACAACAUGUGCAGCACAAUAUUUCAAUGUUUUACAAAGAUUAGGUAGUAAAAUAGUGAUCGUAGAAGAAGCAGCCGAAAUAUUUGAAGCACAUGUUAUAUGUUCAUUGAGUCCACAAUGCGAACAUUUAAUAUUAAUUGGAGAUCAUGUUCAAUUGCGUCCAAAUCCAACAGUUUAUCGAUUAGCAAAAACAUUUAACAUAGAUGUAUCUCUUUUUGAGCGUUUUGUUCAAAAUAAAUUUCCGUCUGUUCGAUUAAAUAUACAGCAUCGAAUGCGACCAGAAAUAUGUGAAUUGAUGAAACAUUUUUAUACUGAUUUAGAAAAUCAUGAUAGCGUUAAAACUGAACGUGAACAAAUAGUGGGAAUUAAAGAUAAUUUAUUUUUUAUUAAUCAUUCAUAUAAUGAGGAAAUUGUUAGUGAAGGAAGUUCAAGAAGUAAUCCAUAUGAAGCACAUUAUAUCGUUGAAUUAGCCUAUUACUUAAUUAAGCAAGGUUAUACAACAUCACAGAUAACAAUAUUAGUGAUGUAUUUGGGACAACGACAACUAAUUGUAAAAUUAACAAGACAACGUCCAUUGUUAAAAGGGAUAAAAACAAUGACAGUCGAUAAUUAUCAAGGUGAAGAAAAUGAUAUUAUUCUGUUGUCAUUGGUUCGAAACAAUUCAACAAAUGAUAUUGGAUUUUUAAAAAUAAAAAAUCGAAUAUGUGUAGCACUGUCACGAGCGAGAUGUGGAUUUUAUAUUUUUGGAAAUUUACGCAUGUUACAAGAAGCUAAUGAAAUGUGGAAAAAUAUUGCAACAACAUUAAUUGCGAUGGACGCCGUUGGAAAAGCAUUACGUCUUGUUUGUGCUCGUCAUCCAGAUGAUUUAUUUUUUGCCGAUUCUCCACAAUCAUUUUUAAAACGACCAGAAGGCGGCUGUGAUAAAAUGUGUGAUGCACGAUUAAAAUGUGGCCAUCAAUGUGUUCUAUGUUGUCACAAUUAUGAUCAACAACAUGAAAAGAUUGAAUGUAAAAAACAGUGUAAUGAUCGUUUGCCUUGUGGGCAUUUAUGCAAUCGUUUAUGUAGUCAUACUGGAAAACAUGGUCCAUGUCGUGUCAUGGUUGAAAAGGUCAUUGCUGAUUGUGAUCAUUCAGUGAAAGUUCAAUGUUCAGUGAUACCGUCAAGAAACGAUUGUAAACAAUUAGUUCCUGCACGUUUACCAUGCGAUCAUUUAGCAGAUGUACUAUGUAAUAUUAAAGAAACAAAAUCCUAUGAUUUGAUCGAAUGUAAAGCACCGUGUCAGAAAGAAUUAUCGUGUGGUCAUCGGUGUAGUGGAUCAUGUGGAAAAUGUCAAUACGGACAGUUGCAUGUACCUUGUCAACAACGAUGUGAUCGAUCAUUACUGUGUGGUCAUGUUUGUAAACAGCCAUGUAGCAAAAAUUGUCCACCAUGUUCGCGAAAAUGUGAAAAUUGUUGUGUUCAUUCACGUUGUUCAAAGAUUUGCUCGGAACAAUGUGUACCAUGUAAAGAGCCGUGUGUCUGGCAUUGUGAACAUAUUCAAUGUAAUAAAUUAUGUUUUGAACCGUGUAAUAGAGAACCAUGUAAUAAACCAUGCAAAAAAUUAUUGGAAAAAUGUCGUCAUCCAUGUAUUGGUCUUUGUGGUGAACCGUGUCCGCCACAAUGUCGAAUAUGUCAUCGUAAUAUUGUAAGAGAAAUAUUUUUCGGAACAGAAGAUGAAGAUGAUGCUCGUUUUGUUAUGUUAUCCGACUGUCCACAUUUCUUUGAAGUCACCAGUCUUGAUCGUUAUAUAAAUGAUUUUAUUUCAAAACAAAAUACUACUGAUGAUCAAGGAAAAUCAAUUCGUUUACCAGAAUGUCCAAAAUGUAAGAAACAAAUUCGUCGUUGUACAAGAUAUAAUCGUACUGUAAAUGAAAUUCAAACAUGGAUAGAAAAAGUAAAAAUAAAACAACAAAAUGGAAAUACAGCUGAUCAAAUAAAAAAACGUCGUGAAAAAUUAACAUUAUCUAUUCAAGAUUGUAUUAAAACUUAUUCUCAUGAAUAUAUUGAUUCUUAUCGAAAUUUGUUUAAAAUAUUAUCACCCACACAUCCACACAAAUAUUUAAAUUCAGAAGAACUCGAUUAUAUUGAAAAUACUUGUAAAUUUUUAGAUGAAAUGAAUCGAUUAUUAGAUAAUGCUAAAAAAAAUCUACAUUCAACAACCAUUCCUCAAUAUCAACAAGUUAAUCGUUAUUUAGUUAAACUUAAUGCAUACAUGUUUAAUUGUUCAUCUCGUUAUGUUCCACAACAAUUAAGUGAUAUUCGUCAUGAAUUACAUCGAAUAGAACGUUUUAUUUUUAUUGUAUCAUUAUUGAAACAAGUUAAUGAACCACCAACAGCAAGAACAUUGAAAAUGAAUGAAAAAGAAACAUUGGAUGAAUUACGAACAUUAACAACUAAAUAUGAACAAUUUACAGAUCAAGAUUGUGAACGAUUUGAUUUAUUACGUGAACAAGUUAAACAUCUAUCAAAUAUAAUUGGUCUGGCUAUUACCGAUAAAGAACGACUUGAAAUUGUUGGUGCAUUAAAUUUACAACGAGGACAUUGGUUUAUCUGUCCCAAAGGUCACCCGUAUAUCAUUACCGAAUGUGGUGGUGCCAGUCAACGAAGUCGGUGUCCAGAAUGUAAUUCAGAAAUUGGUGGUGAAAAUCAUCGACUUCUUUCGACAAAUCGACAUUUUAGUUUAAUGGAUAAUUCAUCGCAUGCAGCCUGGUCAGAAGAAGCUAACGUGGCAAAUGGCCCAGAUCCCUUAUUCUAA